AUGGCUUUCGCUAAUGGUCUCAAGUUAGCUGCCCUGUGUGUAUUGGUCCUGACUGUGGGCCAACUGAUGGCAGUUGCUGAUGCGUCGGCUCCACUCAUGCAGUCUGUAGAGCAGGAGCGCUCAACCUUCGAGGAUUGCCCCUGCAGCCCUGAUAAAUUGUGGUGUUGCCUCCGAGCAAGCGGAGUCGCAAAACCCUUCGAGGAUUGCCCCUGCAGCCCUGAUAAAUUGUGGUGUUGCCUUAAAGCAAGCAGAGUCGCAAAACCCUCCGAGGAUUGCCUCUGCAGUCCUCGUACCAGGUUUUGUUGCCUUCAAGCAAGCGAAAUCCCAAAAGCCUCCGAGAAUUGA